AUGAACCUCAGUCGAAAUAUUUUGUCUAAAUUUAAAAAAAAGAAAAAGAAAAAAAAGGACAAUGCGUUGCUAAAUGAUGAACUGAAUAAAAUUGAGGAGAAAUGGAUCAAAGAGGAUAACGAAAUAACUGAAGAAACGGCAACGUCGGCCAAAAGAGAAGAACUUUUAGAAUUUAUUCAAAAUCAGGAUGAAUUUAAAAACAUAAAAAAGUUGUCUUCUGAUGAAAGUGAAAAAUGUGAAAAGAAGAAAAAAAUGAGAAUUAUUAAAAACGAUAAAGACCUGCUAAAAGAGUUGGAAAAACAGAUUGACGAGAAGAAAGUGCAAAAAGAAAAGCUGAACAAGGAAAACAUGAAGAGGGAAGAAAUUGAAACUCUGUAUUUGACAGAAAUUGAAAAAAAGCAACAGGAGGAAGAAAGAAAUAUCAUUUUGAGGAACAAAGAAAGUGCACUAAUAAUAAAAAAUCAAAUUCAGGAAAAUUUCCUGAGGAAGCAGGAGGAAGAGAGAAUGAAAAUAAUCGAGGGGAAACUAAUGCAAAAGCAGUUUGAAAAAAAUAAAAUCGAAGAACUGGAGAAGAAAAAACAAAAAGUGGAAGAGCAACGCGCCCUGUGCAGUUACAUCCUCGAGAGCAACAAGAAGCACAUUGAAGCCCUGAGCGAGCAGAAAAAGGAGGAGAAGAGGAAAGAUGCAGAAUUUGUCAAAUACCAGGAAGAAAAGGCAACAAGGGAAAAGGAAUAUGAAGACAAAGUUAAACGAGAAAAAGAAGAGAAAGAAAGAGAAGUCCACGAAAUACGAAUGAAGCAGAAAAAAAAUGUCGAACUACAAGCGCACUUUGACGAAAUACAAGCCUUGAAGUGGCAGAAGGAAGCCAAACGGAAGGAGGAGGAAAAAAGACUUUUGGAGGAAGAGAAAAAGAAAAAAAAAAUAGAGGAAUUAAAAGAGGCCAGAAUAGUUGCAAUGGAGCUGAAGAAGAAGAAGGAACUGGAGCUAAUAGAGGAAGGCCAAGUGGAGGCCGAAAAUUCCAAAAAAAUAUUCCAACUACAUGAAAAGGAAAAAAUGCAGAACGCAGAAAAGGAGAAAUUGAAGAAAAAAAAUUAUUAUGAGAGUUUAACCAAGCUGGUUAAUUUAAAAAAAAAAACAAACAAUAAAACGGGUAAAAAGUAGUGGAAGACAUCCAAUUGGUUAUAUAAAAACGGGGGUUCCCCCAGGGGGGCUAAUGAGCCAGUGGCACGUAACACCACCGCAGUAUUAGGAAAAACAAAAAUAAGACUAUAAAAAAAAGCACAAACAGAGCGAAUGUACCAAAUGUACAUGCGCAAAUGGGUACAACAAAAACGGCAUGUAACCCUAACAAUCGUUUUCGGCACGAGGAUUUGGCACAGUAAAAAACUUUCAGGUGUGCACACGUAAAUGCAUAUAUGUACCUGUGUGCCCCCCACCUUUUUUUGCCUACUUAAACUUCCUCUU